GAUUGCGAUCCCCGAUGUGAUGGAGGCUGCGAAGGACGCGGAUAUACUUAUAUUCGUUGUUCCGCAUCAGUUCAUCCGAAGGAUAUGCAGCACGUUGCGGGGAAAAAUCAAACCUACCGCUGUCGGCCUGUCUUUGAUUAAGGGUUUUGACAAGAAAGACGGUGGCGGCAUUGAACUUAUUUCUCACAUAAUUUCAAGACAACUGCAAAUUCCAGUCUCGGUCCUGAUGGGCGCCAAUUUGGCUUCUGAGGUAGCCGACGAGAUGUUUUGCGAAACCACGAUUGGAUGUAAGGACAAGACGAUGGCGCCGUUACUUCGCGACUUAAUCCAGACAUCGUACUUUAGGGUGGUGAUCGUCGAGGACACAGAUUCUGUAGAGUGUUGCGGCGCGCUAAAGAAUAUAGUUGCCUGUGGCGCUGGCUUUGUCGACGGGCUCGAUCUAGGUGAUAAUACGAAGGCCGCGGUGAUCAGGCUGGGCCUUAUGGAAAUCAUCAAAUUCGUCGAUGUGUUCUAUCCGGGCGGGAAAUUGGCGACCUUCUUCGAAAGUUGUGGAGUAGCCGAUCUGAUCACGACAUGCUAUGGCGGACGCAAUAGAAAGGUUUCAGAGGCCUUUGUCAAGACCGGCAAGUCUAUUGAGACGCUGGAAAAAGAGAUGUUGAAUGGACAGAAGCUUCAGGGGCCAUUCACUGCCGAAGAAGUCAACUACAUGCUGAAAUCGAAGAACAUGGAGGACAGGUUUCCGUUGUUCACGGCAAUUCAUCGUAUUUGCAUCGGUGAGCUAAAACCAACGGAUUUAAUCGACUGCAUACGUAGCCAUCCGGAACACAUGGACGAAGACGCCUUGACGACGCUCAAGUCUAAAUCCAAGUGCCAUCUUUGAAGAUCCUCCCAACGUCGAUUCUUGCGCGAAGACUCGUCGCAUCAUUGAAAAAACAACAUAAUAUUCGAAAGCGUGAUGCUAUAGUUAAAUGAUUUAUUGAGUUCGAUUAUCAAUUAUUAAAUUACAGAAAAGCUUUAAUCAUCAAGCUAAAACGCAAUCAAGAUAAGUUGAUUUUUGUUGCAAUAUUAAUAGUUGGCAUAAUCGCGUUGACACAGCAAUUCUAUUCAUUAUUUGUUUUUUAUAUUUUUUAUUGUUUAUAGAGAAAUAUGUUACUGAAUUUGAAAUUUUCUUUUUCUUUCUUUUCGAAAAACUUGAAGAAAAAUGUUGUCGAUCAAACAACGAAUGAAAUGAGAAUAAAUUGGAGAAGGUUUUGCAAUGCACUCUCGAAUGAUGUUCGAUGCAAUUGUGAUAGUUUAUAAACUUGUGAAUCUGUAAACUAUAAUAAUUUAUGGAUUAUUGAAUUAUAUUUCUCGUUAUUUAAUAU